AUGAUGAGGUUUUGGGAGUCACUGGUCUUAAAAGGGAGAUUUCAAUCGGUUUGCUAUUUUUUACCAGAAAGGGGGCAAUCUUAUUUGCCCUGUGAUCGUCACUUUUCUAUUAUAGAGAAGAAUCUAGAAAAUUCCGACAAUGUUUGUUCAGGAACUUCGUGGAAUUGUGCAUCCAGAAUUGAAGACACAUGUGUUGAUAAGGUCACUAAACCUCUUACUCAACUGUAUAUAGGUCCAUAUCAAGUUUUAUCCAAGACAGAAAAAUAUUUCAAAAUUAUGCAAAGAGACACACAAAGUAGAAUAGAUAUGAAAGUAAAUAUAGAUCGUUUAAAGCCAGCGUGUUACGCAGCCACCUCGCCUAAAUCGCAGCGUUGCAUCGGCCCGACAAACAUUUCACACGGCACCAGGAGGCACGAGGCGCCUGGUCAGCGGAAUGUGCCGAUGACGUCAAUUGACCCGCGCAAGAUCGGUUUCCAUUUUAUAUAG